CUUCUGCAUCUCACCCCAUGUGUAUUCCUUAUCAUCCUUUCUCCCCGUGUCACUUUGUGGAAGAAAACCAGUCUCUCUCUUUGAGCUCCAUCAGUUUAUGGCAAGCCAAGUUAAGGACAAAUUCCCUCCCUUUUUAAAUUUUUCUCCAGUCUUGUGUAGUUCAGAUUGGCAUCGAACUUGCUAUGUAACCAAGGAUGCCCUUGAGUUUACUAUUCUGAUGCCCUCACCUCUCAAGUGCUGGGAUUAGUGGCAUGCUCCACCGCACCCAGUUUUUGUGGUCCUGAGGACCGGGCCAAGGCGUGAGGCAUGCUAAGCAAGCAUUCAGUCAACUGAGCCUCUGCCCUGGAAAUGUGCCUUUCACGCACACGCACGCCUGUAGGGUGGUGCUGUGGGAAAUCUGGGGUUGGGGUUGCAGCCUCAGACUCUUCAGGAUCUGAGGAAAAAAUUUCCCUCUGGAAAUGUAUCCCUUCUGAUUUUCAUGAAGUAACCCCUUUAAAAAUUAGAUUUAGGAUCCUCACGCCUCACACUCCCAUGAGCCAAAGCGCCAACUGUGGUGCAGGAGUAUUCGCUGGAAGAGUCCCAGGUGCACUCUCCUUGAGCAGGUCUUAGAAAGAUGGCAGCAUUAGAGGACACUGAGGAGUCCACUCCUGUCUUGUCACCCAACAGUCUGUCACCACCAGGGACACCUGGAGACCAGCGCCAUGUGGCACUCCACGGGCAUCCUCACGACCCUGAGUGGGAGCCCGAGAAGACUCCAGCCUCUCCCAAUGCCUGCAGUCCUGGAGAUGGUCUGGCCUCAGAUGGGAGGGCACCGGAAGGCCCCUUGAAGACUCUUCCCAGCAUGUCUGUGUGUGAGGACGGCGUCAGCCAGGAAUGUAGCUUGGAGCAGCCAGCAGGCCAGCCUCCAGGAACCGCGCCCUGCUCUCAGAAAAAGGACACUUGGCACAUGGUACUCUUGCCACAGGGGGCCCCAGGGACCGAGGGCAGCGCCAAGAAGACUGCCGAACUGGGCAGUAGCUUGGGCCGAGACUGCCGGCCAGUGGGCCCACGGGGCACCAAGCCACACCGCUGUGAGGCCUGCGGGAAAUGCUUCAAGUACAACUCUCUGCUGCUGAAGCACCAGCGCAUCCACACCGGGGAGAAGCCCUACGCCUGUCACGAGUGCGGCAAGCGCUUCGGGAGCUGGUGGGGCUUCAUGCAGCACCACCGCAUCCACACGGGCGAGAAGCCCUACGAGUGCGGCGAAUGCGGCCAGGCCUUCAGCCACAGCUCCCACUUCACACAGCACCUGCGCAUCCACAACGGCGAGAAGCCCUACAAGUGCGGCGAAUGCGGGCACGCCUUCAGCCAGAGCUCCAACCUGGUGCGCCACCAGCGGCUGCACACGGGGGAGAGGCCGUACGUGUGCAGCGAGUGCGGCAAGGCCUUCAUCUGGAGCUCCGUGCUCAUCGAACACCAGCGCAUCCACACCGGCGAGAAGCCCUACGAGUGCGGGGACUGCGGCAAGGCCUUCCGCGGCCGCUCGCACUUCUUCCGGCACCUGCGGACUCACACCGGCGAGAAGCCCUUCGCCUGCGGCACGUGUGGCAAAGCUUUUGGCCAGAGCUCUCAGCUCAUCCAGCACCAGAGGGUGCACUACCACGAAUAGCGCACCCCCCCCCCCCCCAGUAAAGUCUGUGGGUAAGCUUGCUCCUUGUUUGAGCGACGUGGGGAGGCUUUACACGGCAGGACGUGUCCUGGGUCCAAGUGCGAUGGCUGAAGAAACUCCCUUUUAUGCUAGCUAUCCAUCUUGGUACCCAUUAGCCAUUUGUCUCUAACUCCAGUCCCCGGAAGGUAAGUUCUCAGCAACCCUGACUCAGUGACCUCCCCGGCUUCCCCCACCCCCGAGAUGUACAUCUAUGACCAUCUACUUACUAUGAUAUGAGUAGCUGCUUUUUGGCUUCUGUAACCUGCUUAUGCAGACAUUCAAGGACUAUUUUGCGGUCGCCUGGACCACCUUGGCAGAACAACACAGCUCCUGGCUCGUUUUUACAGAUGCUCAAGGUCUCCUUGUGGGUUUUGUCAUUAAAAGUCCUUUUGUCACCCACUUCACACAGUAGUCUCUGGUUUGGCUCAGACAUGGUUGUCCUGCCAGCAGGUUCAAUAAAUUUAACUAAGUAUAA